AUGAGAAGAUACACUGACCCGAAAGUUAUAUGCCCUUUCAAUAAGUCGCACAUUAUUUAAAAGCCAAGACUUAUCUGGCAUCUUGAAAAAUGCCCAGAUAUGAGGAAGCAUCUGUAAGAGGGAAAAGGAAUUUUCAGAUGCCAAUACAAUUUCAUUCAUUUGUUCCUAGAAGAAGCGGCUAAAAAUGAGCAUUAACUUACUUGUGAAGAUAAUUAGGAUGAUCUUAUCAAAUAGAAGCUCUAUGAUGAAAGCUAAGAUCUUUGGAAUACUUAAGGAACUGCUUUUAUGGAAUCUAAAUGGAACUGUGAAACAGAUGAAGAUGACGAUGAAGUUGAAAUAAUAUAGCAACAAAAUUAUGAUAGUACCUGGGGUAAUUUAAAGUAAGUAGGCUCUAAAAGGAAGUUACUAUAAAAGAAGGAACUUAUUGAGAUUAGUGACGAUGACGGCAAUAUUAAUAUGACUGAUUAGGAACCAAAUAAUAGAGAAAAAUCGAGAUGGGGUUAAGUAGAGGAAAGCAUAUGGAUACCAUAAAAUUACUUCUCAAUACUAUAGUUCAAUGAUCAGUUUUAAUAAUUUCGUUUGUGA